AUGGGGUUGGGAGAAAUCAACAAAGAAGCUAUUUUCUUUUCUUACACGAGAGAAGAAAUGGAGAGAUGUUUUUCUCAACAAAGAGGCAUUGUUAUUUCCCUAUUUCUUUUAAAUAUACUAAUAUAUUCUGGAGGAUAUUGGAAGGUGAAUGGUUGCUUGGAUUGGGAGAUAAAAGCUCUCACCACCUUUCGAAAGGCUCUCAACGAUCCGUCGAAUCGUCUCUCUUCUUGGGAUGAUGCCUCAAACUGCUGCAAAUGGAGUGGAAUUACCUGCCACAACAAAACUGGGUAUGUUGUUAAACUUGACCUCCACAGCGACCUCUUACAUCCAGCUUUCAGUCUAAGUGGCAGAAUUGAUCCGGCUUUGAUUGAACUGAAGCAUCUUCAGUUCUUGGACUUGAGCUAUAAUGAUUUUAUUGGCAACCCAUUUCCAGAUUUCUUGGGUUCAAUGAAGGAGUUGAGGUACUUGAACUUAUCAUCGGCGGGGUUCGUAGGGACAAUUCCUCAUCAGCUUGGAAACCUCUCUAAGCUCAUUUCCUUGCAGCUUUAUUCGAAUCUAAGCUUCUACUUGAAUGUGGAAAACCUUGGGUGGUUGACAAGCCUACCUUCUCUCAAGUACCUGGACAUGUCUUUUGUGAACCUUUACAUGGUAAGCGAUGAUUGGGUGAAUGUAAUGAACAAGUCUCCUUCCCUUGUUGAGCUACGCUUACAAGGAUGUUACCUUUCAUAUAUUUCUCCCACUCUUUCUUAUGUUAAUUUCACAUCUCUCCGUGUCCUUGAUCUCAGUUUGAACCACUUCAACUCUACAAUUCCAAACUGGAUAGCUAACAUUAGUAGCCUUGUGUCUUUAGAUCUCUCGUAUAACGAGUUUCAAGGUCAGGUUCCUGGGCAGUUUUCACAACUUCCCAACUUGGAAGAGUUGCGGUUGGGAUCACGUAGAGAUAACCUUAGCGUUGAUUGGUUGGAACUUCUAGAAGGCAGUUGGAGUAAGUUGAAGCUACUUCUUCUGGUUUUCAGUCAGCUGCAUGGAGGAAUCCCAGAGUCUGUUGGGAAUAUUACCUCGCUUGUGGAUCUCUCUUUGUUUUUCAAUGAGAACACAACAGGUAGCAUUCCAAGAGCCAUAACUAAGCUUAUCAAUUUAGAGUAUCUGUUAUUGGAAGGAUACCAUAUGCAUGCAGCCAUUCCUGAUUGGAUGGAUGAGCUCAAAAAUCUUAGAAACCUUUAUCUCUACGAUUGCAUGCUACAGGGCCCAAUCCCCGCAGCUCUUGGAGGAUUGUCUUCCUUGGAAUAUUUAGGUCUCAUGGGAAAUCAAUUGACUGGGAAUAUCCCUAUAGAGCUUGGAAAAUUGUCUUCCUUACAACAUUUAUCUCUCUGGGGGAAUCAGUUGAAUGGGACAAUCCCAGCAACUCUAGGAAAACUUUCUAACUUGUUUUGGCUUGACCUCUCUUACAACUCCUUAACUGGAAAUGUGUCCGAAAGUCAUUUUGAAAAGCUUAAAAAGUUGAGGUUUUUAUUUUUGCCUUCCAAUUCUUUGGUUUUUGAUCUACAUCCUGAUUGGGUCCCUCCAUUUCAGCUUGAACAAAUGAUCCUAACAUCUUGUCAUUUGGGCCCUCGAUUUCCAACCUGGCUACAAACACAAAAGCUCAUUUCAUCCUUAGAUAUCUCCAAUGCAUCCAUUUCUGAUGUCAUGCCCACCUGGUUUUGGGAUUUAGCACUUCCAAUUUCAUCAUUAAACCUUUCAAAUAAUGAGAUAUCUGGCCAAUUGCCCAACCCUUUAAGAAUGUAUCCCCGGGCAUACAUUGAUUUGAGUUCGAAUCAUUUCAGUGGUCCCAUACCUUGCAUAUUGAAUGGAGCCAUAGUACUUGAUCUCUCCAAAAAUCAAUUUUCUGGGCCAUUCCCACGAAAUUUUACAUCCACAAUGCCCACCUUAUCAUUCUUUUCUGUUGCUGGUAACCAAAUCAGUGGCAGAAUUCCCUCAUCCUUUGAAGGAAUGAAUUUCUUGAAUGUCCUUGAUCUUUCUCAAAACAAUUUAAGUGGUAUCAUUCCAUUGACAUUGGGUUAUUGUGUAGCCCUUGAUGCACUUGAUUUGAGCAAGAACAGGUUAUCGGGAGGAAUACCCAGGUCUUUGGGUCGGUUACGUGGACUCCAAACAAUGCACUUGAGCGACAAUGGCCUAUCAGGAGAAAUCCCUUUGUCUUUGAAGAACUGUGCUAGUUUGAAGACUCUCGACCUUGGAUACAACAAUUUCUCAAGCCAAAUUCCCACAUGGAUUGGUGAAAGCUUUCAAGCUUUAAGAAUUCUGCGUCUGCGGUCCAAUGUGUUUACUGGCAACAUCCCACCACAACUAUUAAACCUAACUUCUCUUCAGGUCCUUGAUGUGGCAGAAAAUUGUUUGUCUGGAUCAAUUCCUCAAAGUCUUGAGAAUCUCAUGGCCAUGAAGAAUGAGCAGAAGACGAAUCGCAUUCUUUCUUAUGGAAGGACAGCAUCAUAUUACGAGGAAAACUUGCUUGUGUCAGUGAAGGGGCAAAUGCUUGAAUAUACUAAAACAGUUUCAUUGGUUACAUGCAUGGACCUUUCUAGCAAUAACUUCUCUGGAGAGAUCCCUGAGAAACUCACAAGUCUUUUUGGAUUGCGUAUCUUAAACUUAUCUGGAAAUCAUUUGAGCGGAAAGAUCCCAAACAAGAUUGGCAAAUUGGCAUUGCUAGAGUCUCUCGAUUUCUCUAAAAAUCAGCUUUCAAGUACAAUUCCUCUGAGCAUGUCAAAUUUAACUUUUCUAAGUUACUUGAAUUUGUCAUAUAACAACUUGUCGGGGAGAAUUCCAUUGGGAAAUCAGCUCCAGACGCUUGAAGAUCCUUCUAUUUAUAUCGGCAACAACGGACUCUGUGGACCUCCUCUAACAGAUAAGUGUGUUGGCGAUGAGACACCUCAAGGACUAAUGCCUGUUAGUGGUGAUAUAGAAAAAGAUGAAGAAGAGUAUGAAAUGCGUUGGUUUUAUUCUGCUUUAGGACCAGGAUUUGCAGUGGGGUUUUGGGCUUUUUGUGGUGUUUUAAUGCUCAAGAAGUCUUGGAGAAUUGCCUAUUACCGCUUCUUCGAUAAGAUGAUCAAUAGACUGUUUUGUUACUGUUGCUUUACAAGAUGUUAG